AUGAUUGGCAGCGUCUUCUUCAUCUUCAACCGCCUGGUGGAGAUCACCUUCCUGAUCCCCAUCAUCGGCAUGAUGGCCUGGUUCGUCCACGGCUACGUCCAAGCCAACAUGCUGACCCCACCCUACAUCCUGGUCCUGUUCAUCGUCAGCGUCAUCGCUGUCUUCUGGGCCUUUGACACGCUCAUCCGCUUCUCCACAACCAAGCGCUCUGCUCUCUUUGUUGCCUUCCUGGACCUGUGCUUUUUCGGCUCCUUCAUCGCCGGUGUCUACCAGCUGCGCUUCAUCGCCAAUGCCGACUGCUCCCACUGGGACGGUGGCAGCGCGUGGGUCUCGCUGGGCCCGUUCGGCGAGUUUGGCUUCCGCACGAAUAACGAUCUGUCCCUGCAUAUAAACAAGACCUGUGCGAUGCUGAAGACCUCCUUUGCGUUUGGCAUUAUGGAGGCGGCCUUCUUCCUCUGGACUGCGUUUCUGGCGCUCUUCUUGCAUAAGAAGAACCGCGACGUUAUUGUCAAGGAGACCACCGUGCGGAGACGCAGCCAUUCCAGUCGUCGCGGAUCCGGCUCACGACAUCGGCAUCAUAGCUCCAGUCGCAGACCGCAUUAUGUGGUUUGA